UGGUAUGAAUGUACCGAGCAGAGAGCCAGAGAAACAGACGGACAGUAAGACACUAGAACCGACACCGGCACCGGAAUAAACACCACAUGAGGAUGACGGAGUGAGUAAUGCUCGGUACAGGACUGGUGUGUUGGUGCUGCGCAGUAGGACAGGUGUGUUACCUGUGGCGGGUUUCCCGCUGGCUUCUUCCGGCUGUGAUAAAAACCGUGACGCGAGUUUAUUCCGGGUUAAAGGUGCGGUUCGGGUUUGGACAGGAGGAGGAGGACGGGACAAACCGCCUCCGUUAACAUCGACAGCGCAGGACAAUCGGGCCUGUGUUAGUGACAUAAACAACCAUUAUUAUCGCGCCUCUGACGCAGCCAGAACCGGACCGGACCAUGGAGCUGUCACAGCAGGACCCCGAGCACCAUCUUCAUCCUCCUCAUCCUCCUCCACCGGAGAACGGCUUCGUGACACCGGAAGCACCGGGGCUGAUGCUGUCGCGCGUGGACGGCUGCGUGCUGCCUUUCCUGGGUGGGUUCGGUCGGUACCAGAAGCAGCUGGUGGUGCUCACAUGGAUCCCGGCGCUGUUUAUCGGCUUCAGCCAGUUUUCUGACCACUUCCUGCUCGCGCAACCGAACACCACUUGUCUCUCGACCAACAACGGUACCAUCGGUACCACCCAGCACGAGACCAGCACCGUCAUUACCACCGCUAUGGCCACCAACAUCACCUCUUCAGCUCCGUUCUUUACUCACGCGCUUCACACCACGGCCGAGAGUAACGGGAGCGCACGAGCCUCAGAACACUGUGCGUGCGACAAUGGGACAUGGAGGCAUGAGAUGCUGUCAGGACUCAAACAGAACGUGGUGACCAAGUGGAAUCUGGUGUGUGAUUCUGCGUGGAAGGUACACAUCGCAAAGUUUUCCCUGCUGGUUGGUUCCAUAUUCGGAUACCUGGUUCUUGGAGUGCUGGCUGAUUGGUUUGGGCGUCACACAGUACUGGUGGUGUCGGUGUUCUUCACUCUUGUGUUUGGGAUAUCUGUGGCCUUCUCCAUUAAUGUUACCAUGUUUAGCACACUCCGGUUCUUUGAGGGAUUCUGGCUCGCUGGGAUCACUCUCUCCCUCUAUGUCCUGAGAAUUGAGCUUUGUCUGCCUGGCUGGCGUUUCUCCAUGACCAUGGUUGCUAACUUUGUGGUGUUAGCAGGGCAGCUGUUAAUGCCAGGGCUUGCUGCUAUAUGCUCUGAUUGGAAGAUCCUGCAAGCUGUCACCAUCUGCCCACUGUCGCUAAUGCUGUCAUACAUAUGGUUAUUUCCAGAGUCUCUGCGCUGGUUGUUAGCAACGCAGCAGUACACUCGGUCCAAAUGGCUUAUUGAGCGCGUUGCUAAGAAAAACAACACAAAUGUGGACACACAUGAACUUAUCACAGAGCUGAACAGAGUUUUGGAGAAACCACCAAAGAAGACAUGUAUAGUGAAGAUGGUGGGCACAAGGAACCUGUGGAAGAACAUUGUGGUCCUGUGUGUCAACUCGUUAACUGGUUAUGGAAUCCAUCACUGUUUUGCACGCAGUAUGAUGGAUCAGGAUAAUGAGCGCACCACCAUGUUCCACAACUUCUAUGCUGAUUAUUACACGUUGGCAGGAAUCGCUGUGGCAACUGGCCUUGCAUUGUGUCCAGCAGUGGGAAUUAUGGGACGUCGGGGGGGUUUACUAAUGUUCAUGAUUAUCACUGCACUGGCAUCGUUACUGCAGCUUGGCCUGCUCAACUUGGUUGGAAAAUAUAGCGUCCAGCUUAAGAUAGAGUCAGAAACUCUGAAGUCAGACUUCCAUGUGGCGUUCUCCAUCAUUGGCAUGUUCUCCUCUCAGGCUGUCAGCAAUCUGAGCAUCUUUUUCUGUGCAGAGAUCACCCCCACCGUCAUCAGGGGUGGAGGUCUUGGUCUGGUGUUCGCGAGUGCUGGGUUUGGGAUGCUAACUGCGCCCAUCAUGGAGCUACAUAAUCAGAAAGGCUACUUCCUCCACCAUGUGAUCUUCGCCUGCUGCACGCUCAUCUGCAUUAUCUGCAUCCUGCUGCUCCCUGAGUCACGCCACCAGCCCCUGCCAGAGUCUUUGUCAGAGGGUGAGGGCUACACCCGCCACCCCCUGCUGCCACCCCACAAGAAACCUGCAGAGCAGCUUCACCUGCUGCCCGGCCCCCAUGGCCGCAACUACGCUAACGAAGAACACACCAAUGAUCGUGCUAAAGACUUAAGUGUUAGAGACACGCCUCUACGAGAUGUAGCUGUCUCCACUGUUGAGUCUACAGCCUCGUCCACCAUCGGACCUGCUGAAGACCGUGAUGAGGAACCUGCUGAUGAACUUAAUGCUGUGAGCCUUAGUGUACUCGGGCAGCACGACAGUGCAAAACCUACAACAACAGAUUCACUUCCUGAUCUUAUUGUCAAUGCCACACCUCCUGUUGCCUCAGAAACCCCAUCUUCUAGUCAAACUAGCACAUCCCCAGUCAUGCUAGAUCAUGAAACCCCACCUAUAAUGGAUGAUGUCACCAAGUCUCCAGAAGGUGCGUCUGUGGACCUUCCUGAACUCAUAAACCCAACCACUACAAAUCUAGCUCUGCCUUCACUUUCAUUCUGUCCUCCUCCAUCCUCCUCCUCUCCUAUUGACUCUGAUCUGCUACUGUCCCCACUCCCUCAGACAUGCUCCACCCCUUCAGAGCCUCUGUCACCAGCCAUUUUAGAUGAAACCGUGUUACAUUCAUUACCUCUGACUGUGACAGAUCCAGUUCCACCCUUUAAGGUGGACUCAACCACUUCCUCUCCUAUAGACUCAGCUGUGGACUGUACCAUCAGCACUGCUAAAGGGGAAGCAUCAUCCUGACGGGUGUUGACAUGGUGAGAAUAAUUAUCAAAUCCUUUGCAUUUGGAUGCUUCCCUCAAGCUGCUGCAAAGGGAUUUACUGGCAUAAACAAAAGGGAGGAGCAUGACAGAAGACGGGAGAUUUAAAGGGUGCUGAAUGGAAGAAAGAGGAGUUGACCUAAAUCACACUGAUUCACUACUGCUGAGUGACUGUGAAGUGAACAACUCUCAGUAGUGAAGCUUUAACAUGAUAAUGACUAAUUAAGAGAAAUGGCGGCUGUGGAACCGGCCACAUCCCAAUUCACUGGAAACUAGUUUUAAUGUAAUUUUUUAUUAGUGUGCUUUGUACAAAAGAAAAAGAGCUAAACAAGACAUGGCCAAAAAACACAGCCGCUAAACAGUGUGUGUGUCUGUGUAUGUGUAUGUGUGUAUGUGUGUGAGUGUGUGUGCAGUGCCAAGCCAGAAAGUCUUUAAAGAUUUUAAACUUUAAACUCUACCCACUAAACACCAAUCUCUAAACCUUUAAGUGAACCACUGAACCCUAAACAGUGGUCAUCAACUGUGUCAAUAACGUAUUACAGUAGACUGGCUCGAGAUCCUGAAUGAUCCUGACACAGGAUGUAUGAUAAGAAGCUUGUCAUUUCAGUGACUUUGGGUUCCUUGAUGUGAUCGAGCCUGGCCUCAGACGUUUUAACAAACACAUGUAUGGAUGUAUAUUAUUUAGCUAAAGAACUCAUCAGAGAGAGAGAAAGAAAAAUUACUUGUUGAAAACAUUCAUGAUGAAAAAGACUGUUUAAUAACGAGUAGACAGAGUAAUGUUUUCACUUUCGUACAGGGUUCCGAUGUGAAGGUCACAGAACAAAGUGUUUAUUAACACUGGAGUGUUCAGGUUUCUCCUCUGGCUCUGUAUGACACUUUAAUUCAGUAAUACCUUCAUCCUGAUCAGUCACACUCACUCAGAAUACUUGUUUGUUGGAUUUUAAGGAAAGAUUUGUUAGAAAAUAUUGUGACAAACAGAAAUACUAACAAUGGUGCUGAGUUAGAGUGGAGUUUCAGAGAGAAUGCCACAAGUUUACAGUGUUCUCACUAUAUGUUCAUUGUUAAAACCCUAAACCCCUGUCUCUGGACACUAAACCCUAAACCCCUGUCUCUGGACACUAAACCCUAAACCCCUGUCUCUGGACACUAAACCCUAAACCCCUGUCUCUGGACACUAAACCCUAAACCCCUGUCUCUGGACACUAAACCCUAAACCCCUGUCUCUGGACACUAAACCCUAAACCCUAAACCCCUGACUCUGGACACUAAACCCUAAACCCCUGACUCUGGACACUAAACCCUAAACCCCUGACUCUGGACACUAAACCCUAAACCCCUGACUCUGGACACUAAACCCUAAACCCCUGACUCUGGACACUAAACCCUAAACCCCUGACUCUGGACACUAAACCCUAAACCUCUCUUUUAGGGUUUUAAGUCGCCUCUUUAAGAAAAAGAAGGAUCACCUUGUUGUUUAGAUGACCGCUUUUGUGAAUGAGCUUCAGGGCAGAUGUGCACACUACUGAGGAAGGGUAGUAAAUAAUGGAGUGAGCUCUAAAUACUAAACCCUAAUCACUAAGCCCUAAACCUUUAUUGACAAGUGAGGGAUCGGGUAAUACGACAGAAUGAGACUUCUAAGGCAGGGCAAAUGUCAGACCCUGUGUGUUUGUAGUUUGUGUGUAUGUGUGCGUGUGUGUGUACUGUCAGGAUGUUACAUCUAUGUCACACUUUAUCAUCAUGACAACAAAGCAUGUAAACAUGACGUAGAAGAAGCUAAAGUGAACUAAUGUAACACAUUUGACGAUAUAAGGUGUGUUUUGGCUUUAGACAAGUUUUUAUAAGAAUGUGUAAAUAUAAAGGGGGCGUGGCUACUGAGGAAGCAAUAAUGUAUUUAUUUUCGGACAUUUUACGAGCAGGCGAGACAUUUAUCUUUUAUAUUAAUGAUCUUCUGCACUAGGAUGGGACUCACCUCACAAAUAUUAUAAAUAUUAAUAUGAAUAUUUAUAGUGAUUGAUGUAUUUGCCAGACUAUAAGGGUUUUAUAUCAAGCCAAAUCAGUUCUCAAAAGCAGCGCGACUUCUUAUUCUUUACCCAGUUUUACCUUGUGUUGUAAUGUUCUAAUAUAAAUCUGGUAUUAUUUUAGAAGUUUCAAAUUCACAUGAUCAGGUCUGUGAUUGGCUGAUUACAUUUGACAUAACCUCUUUUUAUUCAGAUAUUCAUGUGACCUCUGCAAGUAAAAAAAACUUAUUCUUAUGCUUUUUUAUUCCACUCUUAUUCCAUUUCUUAUUUGGUCUCCUGCAGUUGCCACUCUCUAACACUCGUCUUCUCUAACAUGCCUUCUACCCUCUUACACAUUCAGGAGCCCACAUAGGCCCCCAAUUGAGUAGUGAUGCUGUGACUGACAUGGGAGAGAGUGUAUAUGCCCCUCUGACCCAGACAGCAGAGACAGUUCUGCUUCUGUUGAAGUUCUUUCUCUUUUACAAAUCACAGACACUUAUAGUCAGGAAAAAUACAAUCUUUUGGAAUUAUUUUGGAAUUAUUGCAUCACACUGAAGAAUAAGAAGUAAAAACAACAACAACAACAAAAAAGUUUAAAUAUGGUUUGUUUUGCUAAAAUACCCUGAGUAUUGUUUUAGCAGCCAGCAAGAAAGGAAGUACUGGAAAAGAAUGAUUAGCCAAUGUUUCAGCCAAACUUACACAUGAUGUUUUUUAUUCCUCACAAUGCCAUGAGGACAGUGUUUGUGUGUUUAUGUGUCAGACAAAUUGUCAUUAAUAAAAGCAAGUUCAUGUGAAAGAACACAUCAAAGAA